CAUAAAGUAGGUCAGACUGCUCUUGGAGUGCACAAAGAAACUCUAAGCUACUAAACUGCAUUUUCGGCUGUGUGCUGUGUAUGUGACAUAACGAUGCUAACAUUAAGUGUGCUUAAAAAUGCAGUUAGGACCAGCAAAGGGCGCAGCCAUACAUCGCUCUACAGGAUGUCCUGCAUAAAGCCUCAAACGCCUGUUGCUAAUGAUCAGCAAACAUACUACACAGAGGUACAUGGCCUGCAAAGCAUCGCUCCCUUGGUGAGUUCGGUGGAGGAGACACCUGAACCCAUUCCCACCACAGUAAAAGGCAACAUCCCAACUUGGAUCCGUGGAAGUCUGCUUCGGAAUGGUCCGGGAAAGUUUGAGUUUGGGAAUCAGAUCUUUAACCACUGGUUUGAUGGAAUGGCCUUGAUGCACAGAUUUCAGAUUGAGGAUGGCCAAGUGACCUACAGAAGCCGCUUUUUGCGCAGUGACUCUUACAAGCAGAACAGCGAGAGAAACCGCAUCAUGGUGUCCGAGUUUGGCACUUUGGCCCUGCCUGACCCCUGCAAGAACAUUUUUCAGCGUUUUCUGUCAAGAUUUGAGAUGAAGCCAACUGAUAAUGCUAGUGUCAGCUUCGUAAAAUACAAGGGUGACUAUUAUGUCAGCACAGAGACAAACUUCAUGCACAUAGUGGACCCAGAGACUUUGAAGUCUAAACAGAAGGUGGACUGGAGCAAGUUCAUAGCAGUGAAUGGUGCUACCGCUCAUCCACACACUGAUCCAGAUGGCACAGUUUACAACAUGGGUAACUCGUAUGGCAGCAAAGGGGCUUUCUACAACAUCAUCAGGGUGCCCCCAGAGAGGGAAGGUCCAGAGGAUACUCUGGAAGGAGCAAAGAUAUUAUGCUCUAUAGUACCUUAUAAUAAAUCCAAACCCUCCUAUUACCACAGCUUCGGCAUGUCAGAGAACUAUGUAGUGUUCAUCGAGCAGCCCAUUAAAAUGGAUCUGUUUAAGAUUAUGACCAGCAGGCUAAGAGGGAAAGCGCUAAGUGAGGGCAUUUACUGGGACCCCAACCAGGAAACCAUCUUUCACCUUAUUGACAAACAAACUGGAAAGGAGAGUCCAGUGAAAUACUAUGCCAAGGCCUUGUCAACCUUCCAUCAGAUCAAUGCUUUUGAGCAGGAUGGAUUCCUCAUGCUAGACAUGUGCUGCUCUGACAAUGGCCAGGCCAUAAACAACUACCUCAUACAGAAUAUGCGUCAAUCCGGAGAAGCUUUAAAUGAGGUGUAUAACACCAUGAGCCGGUCAUUUCCCCGUCGUUUUGUGUUGCCUCUCAACAUCACUGACACGGCACUCGAACAGAACCUCAACACUCGACCUAACAGCACCGCUACUGCUGUCUGCUUCACCAAAAAUCAGGUGUACUGCACAUUUGAGGAUCUCCAUGGCAAUGACCUGAAAGAUUAUGGUGGCUUGGAGUUCCCACAUAUUAACUAUUCCCAAUACAACACCAAACCUUACCGAUACUUCUAUGGUUGUGGCUUCCGUAACUUAGUGGGUGACUCUUUAAUUAAGAUGGAUUUGGAGAGCAAGAAGUUCAAGGUGUGGUGCCAGCCGGAUCUCUACCCCUCAGAGCCUGUCUUCAUUUCUACGCCUAACAGUGUGGAAGAGGAUGAUGGAGUCAUCCUGUCUGUGGUCAUCACACCAAAUGAGGACAAGAGUACAUUCCUCUUAGUCCUAGAUGCCAAAACUUUUGAGGAGCUGGGAAGAGCCGAAGUGCCAGUCAACAUUCCUUACGGAUUCCAUGGAGUCUUCAACACCAUUAUAUGAAUAUCAUGGGAUCCCAACAAACUAUAAGUAGCUUAUCACAACAGUUAAAACACUGCUUGGCAGCUAGCUACUAUUGAGAGCAUGACCCUAACGGGAAACUGUUUGUAUGAAAUUAGCCCAAAGACAUCCUUAUGUUUUCACAGAUCAAUCUUACCUACAGAAACGUACUGAAAACCAGAGUUUAAAAAGUAAGAUUUAACCAAAAUUCAAGAGAUCAGGAUACCACACAUACUGUAGAGAUUUUAAUUUUACAUAAAUUAACAACUUAUGUUUUGUACCUGCACAGAUAAAUUUAGGGAUCAUGUAUUAAAAUAAAACAUUUCCAUGAUCUUUUGGUAAUUUCCAUUACAUUCUUACUUCUAGAACUCAGUCUUCCCAAAAGACCCUCUAUAGAAAGGUCUUAAAGGUGCAGUAGGAUGAAAAGGAAAAAACAAUGACAGUGUAAUACUGAGGGUCAUAUAGAGGUGAAAAUGUGUGUGUGUGUGUGUCCAUUUAAAGAAUAUCAUAUUACCACUUUUAAUAUCAGUAGGAUUAUAUCGGUAACCGUUCAUAUUGUUAUGAUGCAUCUAUGAUUUCUCUAUAUUCUCUUUAUUUUGUUUUUGUUAUUAUACACAUGAAUGUUAUGAACCCAAUCUGAAACAUUUGCAAUUAAUUUUAUGUGCUCAAUACAGUAUCACCGCUUUAAUUUCAUAUAGCAUUACUUUCAAAUUGUAGUCUGUUUCCCAAAAUACUCUUUCAAACACUAAGUUUGAAUGUGAAUGUGUGCAUCUCAAAUCUAUGCAGCUUUGCUGUGGUUUGUUUUCCAUUAGUAUUUUCAUACCUCUACUCUUAAAUGAGAGACUUGUUGUAUCUAAGAAAUUUGGCAAAAGAAAUGCCAAAUCCUUGAGGUGCCAUAAUAGGAAUAAUUAAAAUAUUGACACUUUGGUUGCAGUAAAAUGAUAAAAGACUUGCAAUGCAUUUCAAACAUUGAAGCAAUUUUCCCUUGCUACAUGAAUAGAGCUCUUUACUUUUUCACUUAAUAAAAUAAUUUUAUAUUUGUAAUCCUAAUUUGUUGCAUUUAUAACAUAUACAUUUUACUUCUAAAUGUUUCAUGCAUGUAAUUAUCAUAAAUGAUUGCAAUUUAUGUAAUAAAUGUUCAUGUUUGGAUGCAGAUUGGCAAAUUCUGAUAUACUUUUGAUGAAGAAAUAUUCAACAGAAAGCAGGAAUGUGUAAGUGACACACUGAAAGAAGGUUAGCAAUUUAAUUUUGUCCACUAGGUGGCU